GCGAAGCUUCUGGAAAAGAGAAGCGAGACCAAGAGCUCCGGCGUCCAUCUCUGAACCCUAACUCCGAUCCAUCUCCGAUCUUGUUGUGACGAUCUGCGUGUUUUUCCUCCGGGAAUUCUUGCUGAGAAGAUGAGGGUGAGGAGCUACAGCUAUAGUCCGUCGCCGCCGAGGGGGUAUAGGAGAAGAGGCAGGAGCCCUAGCCCUAGAGGGCGAUAUGGCGGACGCGGGCGUGAUCUCCCGUGCAGUCUUUUGGUUCGAAACCUCCGUCAUGACUGCAGGACUGAUGAUCUUCGCAAGUCUUUUGGGCAAUUUGGACCUCUUAAGGACAUCUAUCUGCCUCGUGACUACUACACAGGAGAACCACGGGGAUUUGGGUUUGUUCAAUUUGUUGAUCCAGCUGAUGCAUCUGAAGCAAAGUAUCAAAUGGAUAGACAAAUUCUUCUUGGUCGGGAACUGACUGUUGUAUUUGCUGAGGAAAAUAGGAAGAAACCAGCUGAUAUGAGAGCACGAGAGAGGCUAAGCAGGACUUAUGGACGGGAGUCCCGAAGAUCACCGCGCUAUUCCCGCUCUCCAUCCCCUAGAUACUCUCGAUCGCCAGUCCGAAGAUACACUCGCUCUCCACCACCAGCACCAGUUCGAAGAUACACUCGCUCACCACCACCAGCACCAGUUCGAAGAUACACUCGCUCACCACCAAGGUAUUCCCGCUCUCCCCCACCACAAAGACACUUUGGCAGGUCUCGAUCCCGCAGCCCUGGUGUUUAUUCACCUUUGCCCGUUCCCCAAGACCGCUCAAGGUACUCUUCAUUUAGCCGUCGGUCUGUCUCCCCACAGGCUGUGAGGCAGCAAAGGGAAAGGUCUUAUUCUCAGUCCCCAUACAAUGGGUCAAGGAGCCGAAGCCCUGCGGACGACAAUUACGAAAGGAAGCAAUCACACAGAGAAGGGUCUCUCUCUGCAUGAUGGUUUCACCAUGUUGGAGUAGAUUUCAUUUAUUAACUCUCUUCUGUCCUCCUCUUGGCUGCUUUCUGUCACUGAAAUACGAACAAUAUUAUGGCUACAAGGCGGUCAUGUACUUUGAUGUUGUUGUGACUAUCAUAUUUAGUUUUCAUUACUGUUUGGUAACUUGUCUUCCUAGACCUUUAUCCAUAAACCAUGCUUUAUUGCUAGGAGAAUUUAUCCAUUUGACUUUUGACUGACUGGAAAUUAUCCCCCAUCUUUUAAAUCCUUAAUAAGGAUCAUCAGACAAGUUGGGAUGUGGAUAAAGUUCUAUAUUAUUGGGUUUGGUAUUUAAUUGUUUCAGGUUUUUCCUUCA